UCAACCCAAACCACCGGAGUGAAAACACUAAAAACUGCUCCACAGAAAAAACGCAAGUCACAUCAAUCUCAGGGUAAAGUUAAAAAGUCUAAAGUCGCUCAUCUCCAAAAAGACAUAUUUGAUUAAGAAAACUAUGGCCUUUGUUCAUCCACACUCCACUCCCUGCACAAAAAGCGAAGUUGACCUGUUUACAGUCCCAGCAACUCAAGUCGUCCUGGAAAAAGGAAGUUGGAUUGAUUUUCAACCUAUAUCAAACCUGUCACCUUCAGCGCCUAUCGAAUUCCAAAUUUCAGGAACAGACAACUACUUAGACUUAGCCAAAACCUUGUUAACUCUUCGUCUGAAAGUCACUAAAGCCGACGGUGCAAACCUCACUAGUAAAGAAAAAGUCGCCCCAGUCAACCUCUUCUUACAGAGUUUGUUCAAACAAGUGGAUGUAUUUCUCAAUGGAACACUGGUAACUCAAUCAACGGGUACUUACAGUUACAAAAGCAUGCUGGAGACGCUGUUGAACUAUGGUCCGGCAGUGAAGCAGUCUGCCCUCACAGGAUCCCUUUAUUACAAAGAUACUGCAGGUUCCAUGGAUAGCCUAGAUCCGACAGAUGGAGGGAGCAAUCAAGGACUCCAGUCGCGUUAUACGUUUACAGAGCAGAGUUACAUUUGCGACAUGUGGGGUCCUUUACACUGUGAUGUUUUAUUCAGCGAACGCCUUCUACUGAAUCACGUGAAUGUGACCAUUAAAUUGAUACCUAACCCAUCCGCCUUUGCCCUAAUGUCUGGAGAAACUAACCCUAGUUACAAAAUCGAUAUUCAAAGAGCAGUACUGAAAGUCAGAGCAGUAAAAGUCAGCCCUUCCUUACAACUAUUGCAUGUGACUGAACUGAAAAAAGGAACGACUGCAAAGUAUCCUAUUCGUCGGGUGGACUGCAAGACCUACACCAUCCCUAGUGGCAACCCAUCCAUUCAUAAAGGUGAUUUGUUUAACGGUUUUGUCCCCAAAAGAAUCGUCCUUGGCAUGGUGGAUUCAGAUGCAUUCAAUGGCAGUUAUACCAAAAAUCCCUACAAUUUCAAGCUCAACGAUGCCAGUUCUGUCAAACUCAGUGUGGAUGGAGAAAUGAUUCCGUUUCAAACGAUCAACUUGAAAUUGAAUGCAGCCAAAGAGAGAAAUUACAUGGAAGCCUAUCAA